CAGCCUGAUAUUUCAUUGAGUUGUCUGCUUGAAAUCUCAAUGAGAUGUUUUUAUUGUGAUAUGUAUAUACUUAAUAUUUACUAACAAUUGGUUAAAUAUUACAAACUUUACUUCCCCGAAAUACUACAAUACGGAUUGCUGAAUCAUAAUAUGUCUACAACGUUUGUACAUUCUAUAAGAGUGCCAAGGCUAUACAAAGAAUCUGCCAAGACUGUUCAAAAGGUUCUAGCAGAGGGUGCAAGUUUUAAAUCCCUUGUCUUCAAGCCCAAUCAUCCUAAUGUCCAAGGGAUCUAUGCACUGGUGUCGGAGACUUUGCACCACAGUAAAGAGCUGCAAAUUUUGCUAGACAAAACUAACAUACUCGUUGAAAAUCCACGCUUAGAUCCUUGGUUGACCAGAGUUUUGAUAACAGAGCUGCUAUGGGGCAAGAAAGUCUUAAAGUCAGAGGCCAAGCCUGUAUUGACUGUUCUCGGUUGCAAAGAAAAGUUGCAGCAGGCUCUGACGCAAAAUCUCGAUGCCACCUUAGAUCCCUGCGACAAGAAAACAGUAAAAUUACCAAGAUAUGUACGUAUUAAUACUCUACUAACAAGCGUUCAUGAAGCGCUGGAUGCUUUUCGUGAUGAUGGAUGGAGCCUUAUACCUCGUUGUGAUAACUAUUCCUCUCAUCUUGAAAGGGUAAAGAAUUUGAACUAUGAUGAUUUCAUUCAAGACUUUCACAUACCAGAAGUUUUUGUCUUUUCACCUGGUACCAAGUUUUAUAAUCAUCUUGGUUAUUUAAAUGGGAAAUUCUUAUUACAAGAUAAGGCCAGUUGUCUUUCGGCAUUUUUACUGGAUCCAAAGCCUGACAGUGAAAUUUUAGACAUGUGUGCGGCUCCCGGUAUGAAGACUACUCAUCUUGCUGCUAUCAUUAAAAAUAAAGGAAAAAUUUACGCAGUUGAAAUGAACGAGAAGAGAUACAAGACUUUGUGCGAUGUUACUACGGAAAAAAAUGCAACUUGCAUUGAGGCCAUCAAUGACGAUGCAUUAAAAAUAUCCCCAGACCAAUAUCCAAAUGUAGAGUACAUUUUAGUCGAUCCCAGCUGCUCCGGUUCAGGAAUAGUCGACAGAAUCGAAAUCAUGCGACAAGAACAACACGAUUUGAAAGGCAGACUGAGAAAACUGCAGAAUUUGCAGUCGAUGAUCCUUGGUCACGCUCUUCGAUUUCCAAACGUUAAGAGAGUUAUUUACAGCACGUGCUCGAUCUAUCCGCAAGAAAACGAGUGGGUUGUUGAGGAAGCAAUUAGGAAAGUUGGUAAUGAGUUUCAGCUCGUGGAUUUGAAAGAAAAAUUGAACAACGAAUGGCAUAACGUGGGGUCGAACGAUUACAGCGAUCAUGGCGACAGAUGUCUCUAUGCUCUACCUGAAAAAGACUCGUGCAACGGUUUUUUCGUAGCGAUGUUUGAGCGAACAAUAAAAGAGUCUGAUGCUUAUGGGAACAAUGGAAGUGUGGAAAAGGGAAAAAAUGUUCAAGACAAUCCGGAACAUAAACUUCAGAUGAAAGAAAAAAACGACGCAGACAAUGGAUUGUUAAAAGAGUCUGAAACGAUUGAAAAUGAUCCUCUUGUGUCGAAAAAAUCGAAAAAGAAAAAAACCAAGUUACAAGAGGACUCUCAUUCUGAACAAAAAUUUUUAGAGGUGAAAAGUGCAGAGGAAGAACUGGUACAGAAGAAGAAAAAAAAGUACAAAAAAUCGUCUCAAGACCAACAUUCCCCUCAAGAUGAUCAGAUGGAAAAUCAAAGCGUAGAUGAUGAAGGAGACAAGGAGGAAAGGUCGCGUAAACAUAAAAAACGAAAAAAGUCCACAGAAACCCAGGAAUGCCCUCCAUUAGAAAUUCAGAAUACCAUUAGUGAAGACAACGACGAGGAGGCACCACGACGAAAAAAGAAGAAAAAGCGCAAAUCAGCCGAAGAAGAUAAAACUGUCAGUGAAAAAGAAAACAACGCAGAUUCGACCAAGAAAUCAAAAAAAAAGAGCAAAAAGCGAAAGAAGGAACUUGAAGCGGAAGAGCAGUGAUAUCGUAUACUAUUAAGUAAAUGAAGCCCCACCAUUUCCAUGUACAGAAAAAAAAAGCAUACUCUACACUCUAGGCUGUUUACUAUACAACACACAGCGCGCGUAUUCACGCGUGGCCCACUAAAAAUCCAGGCAUAAUAAUUCCGCGGCGAUUUUUCCGUGCCGCCCCUUUUUUAAUCGCUCGAGGCUUAUCGCGGCGAGUUUUAGCGAGGCACGCGACCGGCAUUCUUACCUUUUCUUUUUCCUCAACUCGUCGCCUGGUAUAUCCGCGAUAAUCCAUAAGCUGAUAUGACAUUUCCAAGUAUUUAGCCGCUACGCCUUGAAAAAAGCCUUCAAUUGAGUGAAUAUUGUAUUACCAGAUAUUCAAUUUCUUUUUUUAAUUUUCUCGCAAUGAGAAUUACCAAUGCACAAUGCCGUUUUAUGUAAAGUCACAGAAAUAAAUUUAACGUAGCAUUUAUAGCGCAAUGCCAAAUAAAUCUACUUCUGUCGUAAAUAAUGCACAUCCAUGUGCGAACGAAAGUUUCAACCGCAAAGCAUGGGUUUCGCACGCGAAAAGCGCAGCUUUAAUUACACGAAUCGCGCGAGUGCAGUGGGCUGCGAUCGAAUGAAAAUCCGAGUUAAUUAAGGACGAAAAAAAGGUCUCCCUUUUUUUCAAAUCGAUCGUAUGGUCACGUGAGAGAAAAUCGCCCGCCUUGAAGAGGGUGUGUGCGCACGCGAAUAUGAAGUAAAAAAAAAAAAACGCGAGAAAAAUGUAAAGGAAAAAAGAAAAUAAACGUUACUAGGACGCACGCGCUUAAGCAUUUAUUAAAGCUGGUAGGACGUUUUGCGUCACACUCGAGGACUCGUAACGCGGGCCCUUAUGAUUUUUGCAGUGAGAAUUUAAGUAUUCGUGGAGACUUUGUGCUGUUUUUUUUUUUAUA